AUCGGGAACAGAAGUCAAACAGCUCGAUAAUGUGCUUAAGGCUUUUACUAUCUAUACUAGUAUCAAUUGCUGGCCUGGCUUGUGCUGCUCGAAUUCCUGGGCCAGAGGAACGGAUUGUCGGAGGUUCAUACAUCCCCAUCGAAUAUGUUCCUUGGCAAGUGUCGGUGCAAAAUAAUUCGUUACAUUGCUGUGGUGGAGUCAUCUACAGUGAUCGAGCUAUUUUGACUGCCGCUCAUUGCCUUUCUAAUGUAACUGUGACGGAUCUAUCAGUUCGCGCUGGAUCUUCGUAUUGGAGCAAAGGUGGUCAGGUGUUAAAGGUGCUAAAGACAAUUGCACAUCCAAAAUACGUGCCUAAACUUUACAAUCCGUAUGAUAUUGCUGUGCUAAUUUUGGAGGCACCUCUCAGACUUGGUGGCACUGUAAAGAAAAUUCCUCUAGCCGAACAGACUCCCGUGGCUGGUACAAUUGUUUUGACCUCCGGAUGGGGAUAUACACGAGAGAACUCUUCAUUCCUUUGGCCAAUACUGCAAGGCGUACAUGUAGCCAUUCUGAAUAGAACGGAUUGUCUGAAAGCUUACAAGCACGUUAAUAUAACUAUCGACAUGAUCUGUGCCGACGGACAAAGAUGGGAUACUUGUCAAGGUGAUUCCGGUGGUCCUUUGAUUGAAACAACGAAAGGCGGCCAUAGGCAACUCAUAGGCAUGGUUAGCUGGGGAGACGGUUGUGGUACAAAUCCUGGCGUCUACGAAGAUAUUGCAUUCUUCCACAACUGGAUCAAAUAUACAGUUAAAAAAAAUAUUUACAAAAGUAUUGUUAAAAUAUAAUAUUUACCUUCACUUAAAUAAGUAAAAAAAACUUGUAACCUUUUGUAUUCCUAAAAUUAUAGGUAUGAAAACUUAUCCAUUUUGUUUAGACAUCAGAAAUGAAAUAAAAAUGCAAUUCUUUUUCC